AUGGAGGAGCCCCUCUGCUGCUGCGAGUACGUGGACCGGCGGGGCCAGAGGAGCCACCUGGCGGCGUGCUGCUGCGACUGCCGGGACCUGGACGAGGGCUGCGAGAGGUGGCUGACGUGCAGGUCCCUGCCCCCCGGGGCUCUGGGGAGAAUUGCCGACACGGUGGCGGACCGGGUGCGGGUGCCCUGGUUCGCAGGGGCCGUGAAGAUCAACAUCAGCCUUGUGCCGCCGCUCGUCCUGCUGCCCGUCUUCCUCCACAUUGCCGCCCUGCACUUCCUGCUGGGGCUGGUCAUCCUGACGUCCCUGCCCGUCGUGGUGCUGUGGUAUUACUACCUCACCCACAGGAGGAAGGAGCGGACUCUCUUCUUCUUGAGCCUGGGGCUCUUCUCCUUGGGCUACAUGUACUAUGUGUUUCUCCAGGAGGUGGUUCCACGAGGCCACGUGGGGUAUUCCCAAGUGGUUGCUCUCACGUGCGGGUUAAUUCUUAUGCUUGCAGCCCUCUCUCGAGCUAAGACAGACCCUGGCUACCUUCCCAUCCCGGCAAGCAGCGGGAUGUCAUUGCACCAGGGUUUGCCCAGCAAGAGUGUUAGAGGGAGCUCCAAUGGGCUCCAUGCGUCGGGAGCUGCUAGUGGCCGUGCUGUGAAUGGCGAAGCUCAAAGCUAUUCCCGGAUGUCAGCUGAGGAGCCAGAAGGUGUGAAAAAGGACUGGUGUGCUAGAUGCCAGCUGGUCAGACCUGCCCGAGCAGGGCACUGCCGGCUUUGUGGCAGGUGUGUAAGGAGGCUGGACCACCACUGUGUCUGGAUUAACAGCUGUGUAGGGGAGCGGAACCACCAAGCAUUCAUACUUGCCCUCUCCUUCUUCAUGCUCACCUCUGUGUAUGGGAUUACGCUGACCCUCCACACCAUUUGUAGGGGCCGAACUCCAUUUGUGGCAUUGUUCUACUGCCCUGGGGCCUAUUCUGACUACAGCUCUGCUCUGUCAUUCACCUGUGUGUGGUACUGUGCCAUUGUAACAGCUGGCAUGGGAUACAUCCUCCUUAUCCAGCUGUUGAACAUCAGCUACAACGUGACCGAGAGGGAAGCUCGGCUGGCUCUGCGGGACAACACUGGGCGCAGGCUCCUGGGUGGUUUGGUGAUAGACACUGGCCAGUAUAAUAGGGGUUUCCUAUGCAACUGGGGACAUUUCUUGAGCCUGGGGUCUUCUUCUCCGCAGCGCUCUGCUGAAGACAUUGUGUGACCCCAUCCUUCUGCAGAUGAUAUUAACUGACUUUAGCCAGGAGAAUGGCCCCUUCCACUAUGACUCCCUAUACUGUUCUUCAUAGUCAGUGUAUGGGCUGCAUAUCCCAUCACUGACAACAUCAGAGGCUUUCCCAGGCAGAACGGCUCUUCACGUGCUGUCAGCCAGCAAUAGUAUGCAGAAAGCAGUAAGCCAUAUGCACAAAUUUGAAGAGGAGGAGCCUGCUGCUUUUUUCCACUGUGAGGAACUUUGUGCAGCUCAGCUUAUCAGGAAGAAGAGCACAAGGUUUUGAGAACUGGAGUUUUCAUUAGGUGUGAACCCUGGCAUCAAGAGGAACCUGCUGUGGACUUCAGAGUGUGCACUGAUUCCUGCAAAGGUUAAGGAAUCCCUAGCUCGUGCCUACAUGUGAUGUUUCAGAGAUGUCAGGAGGGUGAACAUGAGAGAUGGACCACUGCAGAAGCAAGUCUGUUUUGCUGAAAGAGACUCUCUAGGCAGUCACUGAGCAGCAUCCUCCUCUCUGGUACAUUUUAAUCUUUAUUUUCUAUCUUCUGUUCCAUCCAGCUUCUAUUCCAUCCCUGCUUGUAUUAAGUGCCUUUGUGAGCAAAACAUUCCUGUAGGGCUUUGUAAGACCCUUUCACCUUUUGAUUCCUAAAGCUGUUAUUCCAUCCCCAUCUGUCCAACUGGGUGAGAAGACACUGUCAUCUUCGAUCUCAUCAUUCUUCCUGCAGGCUGGGUCUGUGCUGUUUUGAAGGCUUGGCUCAUCUCCCUUCAAGUGUUUCUGCACUGAUUAUGGAUUGUGACACGAGACAGCAGGUAAAUACACAAAGAAAAAAGAGAUGUUUUGAAGCAACAUGGAACAUGGGAUUCUAAGGCGAAAACAAGUGCUGUCUGGUGUUACAGUAGCUUUAUGGAAAGUAUUUUUCUCUCUUCCUGUAUGGGAGAAGGGAGUACGUGGGAGAGUAGACAAUUCUGCUAACAGCAUUUUUGGUCGGUAGCAUCUUGGUCUGUUGCGUUGCUAAUAAUAUAGUGAUCCUGUCUCCUCUCCACCAAGUCACUGUGGAGCUGCCUGACUGCAGAACUGUUUUCUCAAGCCAGGAAGUCAAGAAACACUUUGGCUUCUGCUUUUUCAGGGAUAGGAUGUGUUUGAGCUGUUUUUUAGGGCAGAUGACCUGCACUGGCAGGAGAAUGAAUGUGUUAAAUAUGCUCUGCAAGAAUGCAACUUGUUCCUCAUCAGCCUGCAACUGUAUAAUUGCCUGGAGUUGAGCUUCAGCUGAAAUAGCAAGGUUAUGGUGGCAAUUGGUUUUUGUUGUUUUUUGUGGAUUUGGGGUUUUUUGUUGUUGCUUUUUGUUUUAAAUCCUUUGUAUAUGUUGUUGGCCCUGCUGUUGUAUGAAAUAUCUGUCUGGAAAAGGCUGGGGCCACGGCACGAGAGUUACAGGCCUAAGUUCAGAAGCAGAGGGAAGGGCAUUGCUCUAGCUACUGAUGGUUUUCGAUGUGCGAGCAGCGUGCAGAAAUCAUACUGACCCCUGACUCCCCUUGCCUGGCAGGCAGCUGGGGGCUGUUGGCUGAGUGAUGGAAAUUCACUGUGCACUGCUGUGCAUUAUCUCUGAAGAACGGAUGGAUGGGGCAUGGUGCCAAAAGGCAGCAGGGCUGGGAGCGUCCCUUGAGAUCCCUGCCAUAUUGCUCCCUAUUCCGUGUCCCAGUUUCAGGUGAAACCCCUGUCCCUCUUUGUACUAUUUGGUUUCCUUAAGCAGCACUUUCUAUAACCAGCAGAUAAUUGAGGAGCAGCUGCGCUUGAAAUGAGGCUGUGUAGAAAGAGUUACUGACUUACUGAGUGUCCCUUGUUUCCACUUCUUUUCACCUAGUGAGCAAUCUUUUAUAAGGAAGUAAAAGGGACACCUCUCUUUCUUCCUGCCUCUAACUGAAUAUACUAAGAUGUUUCUGACCACUUCUCUGGACCUAAAGUGAAGAAAAUAGCACCAGCUGGACUGUGCUAAGUGUUCCUCUGUGGCCUUCUGACUAUGUGGAGCUUGGAGACUGCCUGUAGGAGUUUAAAUUAAUACAAAGACCUUGUCUUCACAUGAAUCUCUAAAUGCUCCCACUGCACAUACACAUUCUGUGGUGCCUGCUGAGAUGAACUGGACCUUGGCAACCCUGGAGACAAGGAUGCUGUGGGCUGGCACGUUUGCGAUCUUCUCAGAUCUCAUCCUGCUGGCACUUGGGAAGAUUAAGGUAGAAUGACCUCUUGGGCUGAACGAACACCCGCAGUGGAGGUAGCCAGCCCUUCUGUCCCUGUGAGCUACAUGUGUAGAAAUCAGUCAUACACCCAUGAACUGAAUGAGCUCUGGGAGCAUUUACAGGUUUGAAACAAGUGGUUUCUCUGGGCUGGGAGAAAGAGCAGAUUUGCUUCCCUGGCAGCUUCUGAACAGUGUGCUCACUUUCUCCCACAGGCAGAGACCAGUUACUACUUUGCAGUCUGUCUGUCAGCGUAGGCUUGUCCCUUGUCUCUUAGUGAGCUCUGGCAUGGGGGAUUUAAUCUGUACUGUUUACACUGAGACUCACUUAGUAGUGUUAUCCCAGGCAGCGUGGGCUUUGCAGCACAGUUCAGGAGCAAAGGACCUUGGACUAACGUAAGCAGUCCCCACCUUUGGUCAAGCCUGCCUCAGUACAGUGAGGGUAAAUCCCAAAGUAAAUUUGAUUUAUUUUUGCACUCCUAGAAGGAACUGGAAACAUUCAGGACACUAAAAAUGUUGCGAGGCUGGAUUAUUAUUUUUGGAGGAGAAUGCAGUUCUGAUUCCCCAUUGAACAGGAAGUUCAGUGGCUGUAAUGUGCAUAGCAAUGGUGAUUUUCUCUUUAAGGCCAUGGUUUCUGUUCACAGUCCUGGCUUCUUCCUGAGAGAAUUUACCUUGUGAAUGCCUUGGGCUAGAGGAGGCAUAAAGUAACAGGAUAUCUAAAAGGCAUCUAGAAGGGCGGAUGAGCUUCGGAUGCCUACUUUGGAGGUCUCCUUUUAAUAGCUCUGGGAAUUAGCAACAAGCCUUUGAAGGGUAACACUCCCUUUUGCACUUACAACAAGGGCAGACUGUUGUGAUCUCUUGUGCACUGAAGGACAGUUUCAUUUCUGUUAUCGAGCUUGUUAUUGGCCACACUGGUAGAAAAACUUUAAAACCUGGGCAUAAAGAGUCAGUCCUGGGGCUUGCUGUGUUAGCAGCUGCCUGGAUCCAUGCUGCCUGGUGUUGGAGCAGGCUGCAUUUGACAGAUGACUUGUGGGUCAUGUGUGUGGUCUUGAGGCAAGGAUCAGCAUCUCACCUGUAAAACUACACACACAUAGCUGGCAGUGCAGAAAGUCUUCCCUUGGUGAGGAGAGGGCUCACAGAUGGUCAGAAGCAAGGAAGGAUUUUGGUAACAGCUAGCCUUGAUGUUUUGAGAUUAGUUUAUCCUGCUUUAGCCAUGACCUCUUGAAAGGCAUUUGUUGUUUCACAAAUAGUGUGGAUUUCUGCAGACCCGGGCAGCUCCUCAGGGUCCAGGCUUUCAGUGUUGCCACUGUUGUAGUGUUAAAUCCUCCAGUGUCCAAAUGCCAGCACCCUACUGUUUGGUGACUAAGAAAUGUGUACCAUUAGAUACACCCUGUAAAUGGUGGCUUGGCACUCUUUAACUGUCUUCCAUUGUGCUUUUCUGUAGGCAAGUCACAGGUCCCCACAUUGACUGUUUCUCCAUUUAACUUGUCCUGGAAUGACAAAAGUCACUGGUGAGCCUGAGUUGUGCUGCUUGUGACUCCUAAUCACAUUCAGCCUUCAUGCUAUGAUGGUGCUUUUUUUUUCCCCUUCAAAGUAGGUUGCUUUCAAGUGUCUUAAUGAAACCAUUUGCUGUAAAAUUUCUUCUGAAGAUAAAAUGGAUACUGCCUCACUGCCUAAUGUCUUAAUAAUGUGCUUGAGUUAUUUUUUUCUUCUAUAUGAAUGUAUAUUGCCUCAUUAGGGCAGGAAGUGUGCGUGAUUAUGGAUGUGUUUCCCCAUAUUGCUUGCAGUGAAGAGCUUUACAGUUUACCAUGAUUUUCCUCCACUGCUAGAACGUUUGUACAGCAAAAAUGUGUGGAUAAGGUGAGGUACCUUCUGAAAUGUGAGAAUUCAGCCUCCCAAUAUCUUGUUUUUAUGGAACUCUAAUGAUAAUGUGAAGAAUGAUGGGCUCUGGAGGAAAUGUCUACCUUGGAGAGUGGGGUAUUUCAUUUUGGUUUGGUUUGGGUUUUUUCACCCUAAGUUUCAGCAAGAAACUUUGUGAAACAUUUGCAAGCAUUGUUGAAAGGACUGAUGUGUGUAUGUUUGUGUUCAUUUUGUGUCGUGUUCAGUGUUUCCAAAUGCAAUUAUGAAUCAAAAUAAAUUACUGGAAAUGA